AUGAAUUACUCACUAAAUGCGAACGAGUUGAAUGUUCACAUAAUCGAAAAAUUCUACAGUGCGAGCGAGGCUGAUGACAUUUUACGGGAACUGCUUGAAAUCCCGUUCGAGGACAUUAAUGUUAUUGUUUAUGGACGAUCAUAUACUCCAAAACGUAAGUCAUAUGCGUUUGGAGAUGAUGGUGUGAAUUAUAGAUAUUCAGGGACAUCAAACCUAGCCCAUCCUUGGACGCCGAUGAUGCUACAAAUGAAACAGGACGUGGAAGCUGCAACUGGAAAGUGUUUCAACUAUGCAUUAGUGAACUUCUACAAAGACGGAUCGUGUGCGAUCGGAAUGCAUAAAGACUCUGAAUCAUCUAUCGACAAAAGUGUCGGAGUGACAACGAUUGCUUUCGGAGCCUCAAGAAGAGUGACUUUUACACGCAGCGGAUAUCCUAGCCAGUGGAUUAACAGUGGACAUGGUGACUUGUACCAGAUGAUGCUGCCGACGAAUGAUCUCUACUACCAUGGAAUCCGACCUGAUAGAACCAUUAAAGAAUCGCGGGUGAGUGUCUCCUUCCGCUACAGUGCACCCGAAGAACAGCUGGACCCCCUGCAGUCUACACCUGACGUAUCCCCACAGCCUGAGAUGAGCGCCCUUUCCGACCCGCUCCCUCAACACGAUUCACUUCAACAAUAG